UUCAUUCAGCCAUUACGUUCUCCCUGAGCCAGGUCGAAUCCGCCAGUGGUGGAGGACAGCAGGUCAUUAACUAAGGACGCAAGCAAGAAAAAUGUUAUCCGUGCGAGUUGCAGCAGCGUUGGCUAGGACCCUACCUAGAAGGGCCGGAUUAGUGUCCAAGGCUUUCCCGGCCGCCUGCGUUGGGGUCAACCACCUCCACACUCACAGACCAUGGCUGCAGAAAACUGGCACGGCUGAGGUUUCCUCAAUCCUGGAGGAGAAGAUCAUGGGAGCGGACACCUCUGCCGACCUGGAGGAGACUGGACGAGUGCUGUCCAUUGGUGACGGUAUUGCCAGGGUGUACGGUCUGAGGAAUGUCCAGGCGGAAGAGAUGGUGGAGUUCUCCUCUGGACUCAAAGGCAUGUCUCUGAACUUGGAGCCCGACAACGUUGGCGUGGUGGUGUUCGGUAACGACAAGCUGAUUAAGGAGGGAGACAUCGUGAAGAGGACGGGCGCCAUUGUUGACGUUCCCGUCGGCGAGGAGCUGCUCGGCCGCGUGGUGGACGCUCUGGGAAACGCCAUUGAUGGAAAGGGUCCUCUGGGUUCGAAGACACGCAGGCGUGUGGGUCUGAAGGCCCCGGGUAUCAUCCCCCGCAUCUCUGUGAGGGAGCCCAUGCAGACUGGCAUCAAGGCCGUGGACAGCCUGGUGCCUAUCGGCAGAGGGCAGCGUGAGCUCAUCAUUGGUGACAGGCAGACUGGCAAAACUGCCAUUGCCAUCGACACCAUCAUCAACCAGAAGCGCUUCAAUGAGGGCACAGACGAGAAGAAGAAGCUGUACUGCAUCUACGUGGCCAUCGGCCAGAAAAGGUCAACCGUGGCGCAGCUGGUCAAGAGGCUGACCGACGCCGACGCCAUGAAGUACACCAUCGUGGUCUCGGCCACCGCCUCCGACGCGGCGCCCCUGCAGUACCUGGCCCCGUACUCAGGCUGCUCCAUGGGCGAGUACUUCCGUGACAACGGCAAGCACGCCCUUAUCAUCUACGACGAUCUCUCCAAACAGGCCGUCGCCUACCGUCAGAUGUCCUUGCUGCUGCGUCGUCCCCCCGGUCGCGAGGCCUACCCCGGCGAUGUGUUCUACCUGCACUCCCGUCUGCUGGAGAGAGCCGCCAAGAUGAACGACAACUUCGGCGGCGGCUCCCUCACUGCUCUGCCCGUCAUCGAGACCCAGGCCGGCGACGUGUCUGCCUACAUCCCCACCAACGUCAUCUCCAUCACUGAUGGACAGAUCUUCUUGGAGACAGAGCUGUUCUACAAGGGUAUCCGCCCCGCCAUCAACGUGGGUCUGUCUGUGUCCAGAGUGGGUUCUGCUGCCCAGACAAGAGCCAUGAAGCAGGUUGCCGGUACCAUGAAGCUGGAGCUGGCUCAAUACCGCGAGGUGGCCGCUUUCGCCCAGUUUGGCUCCGAUCUGGACGCCGCCACCCAGCAGCUCCUCAAUAGGGGCGUCAGGCUCACAGAGCUGCUCAAGCAGGGACAGUACUCUCCCAUGGCCAUCGAGGAGCAGGUGACUGUCAUCUAUGCCGGGGUCAGGGGGCACCUGGACAAAAUGGAGCCCAGCAAGAUCACAAAGUUCGAGAAGGCUUUCCUGCAGCACAUCCUCAGCCAGCACCAAGACCUGCUCGGUGCAAUCAAGGUUGACGGCAAGAUCUCUGAGGCAUCGGAUGCCAAACUGAAGCAGAUAGUUCUGAACUUCCUGUCCAGUUUUGAGUAAGCAGGUCCAGCGCUUGAGUUGAUCUUCAGUGCCCCCUAUCAUUAUGUAUGUGAACACGCUGAAGACCAAAACCUCCAUGUACAGAUUGUCCCAAUAAAAUUUUACAAACAUG